UAGCUUUGUUGGGCACUCGCUGCCGACUCUGAAACCGCGUGUUUGGAUUGUGACACUACUCCCGCCGGUAAGAGAUUCAGAGAGGGAAACUAAACUGGACUUUUACCAAUUCAUUCACUCACAAAGUCGGAGCCGGAGCCAGUGACGUCACCGAAGCGCCUUCCCCUCACCGCCGUGUGUUUCCCUGUUGUUGGGGGAGGAGGAGAGAAAGAAAGAGCAUCUAAGCCUCAAAUGCAGUCAGUGUUGUGUUUCUGUUUCUCUAUGUGCGAGUUUCUUUGAACGUUCACCUCAACUAAAGUAAAACUGAUAUAAUACCCCCCUCCCUCUCGUAAGUGACUACGGAAAAUUAUUUGUGUUUGAACGUGGAAGCGAAGGUAACGAACCAAUCUACGAAAUGUACCCCGGAGGAGCAGCUGGUGCUGCUGAGAUGUGUGAGGGACCUCGAUCUACAGGGUCGAUCGGUUCAGCACCCCCAUCUCCGCCAGUACCAGAAUUUGUCUUCAAACCUCCAUCGCGGCCGGACUUUGGCACAAUGGGCAGGACGAUCAAACUCCAGGCCAAUUUCUUUGAGAUGGAGAUCCCGAAAAUUGAGGUGUACCAUUACGACAUUGAUAUCAAGCCUGAAAAGUGCCCCAGAAGAGUAAACAGAGAGAUAGUUGAGCACAUGGUCCAGCACUUUAAAACGCAAAUCUUUGGGGAUCGUAAACCAGUAUAUGAUGGGAGGAAGAAUCUCUACACAGCAAUGCCUCUCCCUAUUGGCCGAGAUAGAGUGGAGCUUGAGGUGACAAUCCCUGGGGAGGGGAAGGACCGGAGCUUCAAGGUGGCUAUAAAGUGGGUUUCCUGUGUGAGCCUGCAAGCCCUCCAUGACGCGCUCGCUGGACGGCUGCCCAACAUACCCUUCGAAACCAUACAGGCCCUGGAUGUUGUGAUGAGGCACUUGCCAUCUAUGAGGUACACCCCUGUAGGGCGCUCGUUCUUCACCCCCUCAGAGGGCUGUUCCAAUCCCCUGGGUGGCGGGAGGGAGGUCUGGUUUGGUUUCCACCAAUCUGUCAGGCCUUCCCUGUGGAAAAUGAUGCUGAAUAUUGAUGUGUCGGCCACAGCAUUUUAUAAAGCCCAGCCAGUGAUCGAGUUCAUGUGUGAGGUUCUGGAUUUCAAAAGCAUCGAGGAACAGCAGAAGCCCCUCACUGACUCCCAGAGAGUUAAGUUUACCAAGGAAAUUAAAGUUGCUUCUUCUUGGAAUAGUCUGUCUGCAGACCCGAGGAAACAAAGUGAUUUUGGACUGAAGGUUGAGAUAACGCACUGUGGGCAAAUGAAGAGAAAAUACAGAGUAUGCAAUGUAACUAGGAGGCCAGCGAGCCACCAAACAUUCCCUCUUCAGCAGGAGAAUGGACAGACGAUCGAAUGCACUGUAGCACAGUACUUCAAGGACAAGUACAAGCUUGUGCUCCGCUACCCUCAUCUUCCAUGUUUACAGGUCGGACAGGAGCAGAAGCACACCUACCUGCCUCUUGAGGUUUGCAACAUAGUGGCAGGACAGAGGUGUAUAAAGAAGCUAACAGACAAUCAGACUUCCACUAUGAUUCGAGCCACGGCCCGCUCAGCACCGGACAGACAGGAUGAGAUCAGCAAGCUGAUGAGAAGUGCCAACUUUAACAAUGAUCCUUACGUACGUGAAUUUGGAGUAAGGGUCAGAGACGACAUGACAGAAGUAAAUGGGCGUGUCCUUCAAGCACCUUCCAUCCUUUACGGGGGCCGGAAUAAGGCGAUCGCCACUCCAAUCCAGGGAGUCUGGGAUAUGAGGAACAAGCAGUUUCACACUGGAAUUGAAAUCAAGGUUUGGGCCAUUGCCUGCUUUGCUCCCCAGCGGCAGUGCACUGAACUCCUACUCAAGGCAUUUACGGACCAAUUGCGCAAGAUCUCGCGGGACGCAGGCAUGCCGAUCCAGGGCCAGCCAUGUUUCUGUAAAUACGCACAAGGAGCGGACAGUGUGGAGCCCAUGUUCAAGCAUCUGAAAUACACCUACCAGGGCUUGCAGUUGGUGGUGGUGAUCCUGCCUGGGAAAACACCUGUCUAUGCUGAGGUGAAGCGUGUUGGGGACACAGUCUUGGGAAUGGCAACACAGUGUGUUCAGGUGAAGAAUGUGCAGAAAACUACUCCGCAGACCCUCUCAAAUCUCUGCCUCAAGAUAAAUGUCAAGCUUGGAGGAGUCAACAACAUAUUAUUACCCCAGGGCAGACCUUUAGUGUUUCAGCAGCCAGUUAUAUUCCUUGGGGCAGACGUGACACACCCCCCAGCCGGAGAUGGGAAGAAGCCCUCUAUUGCCGCAGUUGUUGGCAGCAUGGAUGCUCACCCCAGCCGUUACUGUGCCACGGUGCGGGUUCAGCAGCAUCGUCAGGAGAUUAUCCAGGAUUUGGCUGCUAUGGUGAGAGAGCUCUUAAUCCAGUUCUACAAAUCGACCCGCUUCAAGCCCACUCGCAUCAUCUUCUACCGCGACGGCAUCUCCGAGGGACAGUUCAAUCAGGUGCUUCACCAUGAGCUGCUAGCGAUUCGUGAAGCCUGUAUUAAACUAGAAAAGGAUUACCAGCCUGGGAUCACCUUCGUCGUGGUCCAGAAACGCCACCACACACGGCUGUUCUGUACAGACAGGAAUGAGAGGGUUGGCAAGAGUGGAAACAUCCCUGCAGGAACCACUGUAGACACCAAAAUCACCCACCCAUCCGAGUUUGAUUUCUACCUGUGCAGUCAUGCUGGCAUUCAGGGAACGAGCCGACCGUCUCACUACCACGUGUUGUGGGAUGACAACCAUUUUACUUCCGAUGAGCUGCAGGUCCUCACCUACCAGCUGUGCCACACCUACGUGCGCUGCACACGCUCCGUCUCCAUCCCGGCCCCUGCUUACUAUGCCCACCUGGUCGCAUUCCGAGCGCGCUAUCACCUAGUGGACAAGGAGCAUGACAGUGCUGAAGGAAGCCAUACCUCAGGACAGAGCAACGGGCGGGACCAGCAGGCCCUGGCCAAGGCAGUGCAGAUUCACCAGGACACUCUGUGCACCAUGUACUUUGCUUGACCAGGGGGAGCGGGAGGGACAGGCUAGGUCUGGGUGGAACAGUGGCAUUUCUGAACAGAGCUGGGCUCAGAUCAGACCAUCUGCACUUGGGGAACCCCCACCCCAUUCUUAUAACAAUAAAUACAUGGCAAUCGCAUGAGCACUGUAUAUGAGGGGCAUUUCUCUCUCGAUGAGAUAGACAGCGCUUAUAUAAAUGUAUAUAUGUACUUAUGUUUAACAAACCAGUGUGAACUAGUGGGAACAUUUUAUUUUAAUAUCUCUAGAGGACAGAAUGCUUUUGACUGAAGCUAGGAGAAAUAAAAAUAACAAACAAACAAAAAGCUAUUUUCAUGGAAGACCCAAUAGAAAGCCCUCCAUCCUCUGCUGUUUAGAAUUGAGAUAUGCAAUGCUACAUUAAUUUUAUGUAGUAUUGUUCUGCAGCCUGGUGUUGAGCGUCUUCAUAAAGUAUAUGUUGUGGUGUGUGUGUGUGUUUUUUUUUUUUUUUUUUUCUUUGUUUGUUAUACUGCUUUGGAUGCCUUUGAUACAGUUUCUUUUUUAAACUCUAUGUACAAAGGAUUUCACAAUGGUACUGUGCAGCUUGGGCCACCUCACAGACGAAAUGUCUGCAAAGAGAGUUGGAUCUUAAUGGCCAUUAUCUGAAGAGUCCCUUCUCACAUUGGGGCUUGCUGGUAUGCUCACAGCAGCAAUGAGAAGAGUUGACAUAUAUAGUUGUUAUAUUUAUAAGUGACUGCCCUGAAGAAACAAGGAAAGCAGACAGUACAGACCAGUUUAGUUGGCUUUUCGUAUAAAGCAUUUUCAAUCUAAAAAGUGGUUUGUGGCAGAAAAACGUUCCUAGCAUAGCGCCAGUCUCUCAGCACCGGUCAUUGCAUUCAUGUUUUGUUGGUGGUUAAAGAUACUUUUACAAGGAUAUACUGCCCUCCCCCUUUAAGCACAGGUUGGGUUUUUUUUUGUAUUUGUUUUAAAUCAAGAUUUAUACACUUUUUUUUUUUUGUUUAUUUUGUUUUCCAUGUAAACGGAUGUAUAAUAGUGCAUUUUUAGACUUCUUGUAUUUUAAGUUAAUUUGAACAUUAAGUCCAUAGUUGGUGCAUAUUUUAAAGUACAGCUGCAGCCAAAUGUUUUGCAUCACCCUAGAAUGAUCUAAUUUUGCUUCAUAGUCGAAUGAAAUCUGCUGAUUCCCAUAUACUUAACAAAAAAACUGACAAAUUGAAAAAUCUAACAUGAAAACACAUGAUUUCCGAAAAGACAUCAAAUGUGACAAUUAGAAGUGGUAACGAGUAGAUUUAACCAUAAGCAUGAUUUUUGCAUAUAGAUUUUGUAACUUCAGAGCAAGCCAAGGGGAAGAGCCAUACCUCCUUGGAAACAUGGUCAGCCAUCAUUUGAACUUCAUAAGGAAUGUUUUAGCAGUUGUCGGCCAGCAGAGGUUAUGCCAGCCAAAGCACAUUAUCUAGGAUCAUCCAGAAAUACAAGAAGACUGGAGGCUGUAAAGCUGCCCCCAGAUCUGGAUGCGCAAAAGUCAGCACUGCUUGCCAGGAUCACCACCUGUGUCGUUCAAGUCUGAGAGAUAGGACGGAUGUUAGUGUCCACUUACUGCAGCAAUGGAAAGAAGUUGGAAUGAAAGCAUCUCUUGGAGAACUUUUGUUGCACAUACAAAGACUGGACCAUAGAUGACUGGGCCAAAGUACUUUUCUCCAAGUCCCCCUUCAGCUGUUUUGAAAACCAAGGUGGAUUAAGAGUUUGAAGGAGAAAGAUACAAGCCAGAGUGUACCAUCCCAAUGAUGGCGCAUCCGGAAACUGUAUCUGUAUCUGGGGAUGAAACCUGAAAACACUCCAAGACCACCUCCUCCCUACGGCUCAGAACCAUUUUCGCAACAGUGAUUUCUACUUCUAAGAUGACGGAGUCCCUUGCCAUCAAGCCAAACAAGUGAAGAAAUGGGUAGAAGAUGACAGUAUCACGCCAAUUUCAACCUGUAAAUUCACCGGUUCUCAAUCCUAUUGAGAAUGUUUUGGGUCUGAUAGGACAGAAAAUCAGGAAAAAGUCAACCAAGAAGCCAAAACGAACUGGAAUCAAUUGUAAAGACUGCAAUGAGGAAUCUAAAGGACAACUCGACCCUUCAGCGCCUCAUUGAGUCCAUGCUUGAGAGGAUUAAGGCUGUGUUAAAACACGGAAUGCACUGCAAAUACUAAGUAAUACUAUUAUGGCUUCUGGUAGACUUUUUUGCAAUAUAAUUUUGUAGUUUCUUUUUAUUUACAUGAUAAAUCAUAUCUAAAUUGUUAAUGUAAAAUUAUUAUUAUUAUUAUUAUUUAUUAUUAUUAUUAUUUUUUUUUUUUUUUAAGUUAUCUCAAAUUCUAUGGUGAUGCAACACUUUUGGCCAUAGCUUUAUACUAAUAGAAAAAUGUCAGGUCAGCCAAUGUGUUUUUUUUCCAAUUAAACCUUCUCUAACUGUAGUGCUUUUACCAUAUGCAUGAUGCAAGUGUUUCACAUUUAGUAUAAAUACUAGACGCAAGACUUCUGGGCUUAAGUGCUAACUAACAUCUUUUAAAUUGACGCAGCUAUAUAUAUAUAUUAAUCACACAGACACAUGCGCAUAAAUAUGUGUCGUCAUACGAGGGAGUUGCUUGAGUAUUUUCUUAUGAUUUUUGGCGUUGGUACUGUAAAAUGGAUGUAAUGAAAUUCAGAAAACAGUGUGCUUAUUACACAAGUAAUCCGUAUCUUUUCACUGUUCCAUAUUUUGAGUUUGAGAUGUUGAUUAUAGAAUCACUUCGUUGUUUUUAUACUGUUUUAGUUAUUUGUGCAUUGUUUGUAUUCAUUAACAACCGUGGAUUUGACUUGCUGUAUCUCUUGUGCUUCGUCUAUUUUGAUCACAAAGUCUCUUUUUUGUAUCAAAACCCACAAUGCUUACCCAAAAUAGAAGUAUUUUAAAUAGGGAAUUCCUAAUAACUAAGGCUGUGCAUGCCUUUUUUUAAUCAUUGUUGGGUUUUUUUUGUUUUUUUUUUACUGCAAUCUAAUUCUGCUUUUAUUUUAUUAUAAAAAUGACUUAUUUCUAUUUAAUAUACAAAUGGAGAUACCCUACAAGCUACAUGUUGUUUUAUAUAGUGCACACUAUGAAUUGCAAAGCUUACAGAAGCAUGUAGGGUAAAUGUGUGCAAUGCUUGAUAGUGUUACGUUUAAUCUAGCAUUAAAGAAUGGAAGUUGGAAUUGAUAAUAGAUGUGCUUAGGUCAUUUUAGGUGGUUAAUUGUGAGGUAAACAGGGUUACUUUUACAUUUGCCAUCUUUGUAAUGCGUUCUUGGCAUCAUAAAGUUCAAAGGAGUAGCGGCUCUUCUAUUUAAUAAUUGUGAUUGUGUUUUUGCUUGACCAAAGUGCUAUAAAAUAAUGCUUAAAAGACAGACGGAAGAAAUAAUCUUGAUUAAAUACUGUACAAUCUUUAAUGGUAAUGGGGUAGGCAUUAAAGAGCCUUCCAUUUGAACUACAAUGUUACUUUGAACUACUGUACAGCCAUGCAUAUGUUCUACAAGGUUCUUUGUCGGCUCUGCACAUUUUUUUCGAGGUAUCACAUUGACUCUGCAAAUUACAUUACUUAUAUUUUAACAUUAAAUUCUUAAACAGGGUUGGCUGAUUUAAAUCAAGUCGAUUUAAAUCACUUGAUUUUUUUUAAAAACAAAUCAUUGAUUUAAAUCAUUCUUUCAUUUACUACCUAUUUUAUAUAGUUUCUCAAGGAAAAGACAUGAAAAGUAUGUUUUAAAAACCUUUUAUUAACACAAACAUCUUAAACUCUUGCUGUCUAUAAACUAAAACUCUUAGGUCUGUAUUCUGAUCACAGCGCAAAUGUGAGUGCAAGUGUGAACGGCGCUUGCCCCCGAUUAAAAAUACUGCACUGAAAUGGUAUUCUGAAGACGUGUCUUGCCCCGUUAUAGAGCACCUGCCCCAUCAUUAACAUAUUCGCUGAAGCGAUUCUGAUGACAGUGCAAUGAGGUCCCAAAUAGACAAUUGAGCUCUGUGUUAAGACCCACUGAAACCAGGUUUAUUUAGUGGUGCAAUCAGGAACUUUAACAAUUGAACACACUAUAAAAAGCAAAGCAGUCCUAAGUAACAACUGCGUGUGUUUGGACUGACACAGAAAGAGGAAAUCAAAGAAAGAAAAGUAAAAGAAAAGAAUGACUGGGAUGAGUGAGGGGGGUUUUUCUCUGGUGUACUCCAUCGCUAAAUUCUUGUAGUUCACAUUUAGAGGAUGCCACAAUGAUACAUAAUGUUCUUUAUUUAUGUAUUCAUUUAAGAUUGGGUAAUUUUGUUUAUUCACAAACCACCAUUUCCAACAUCCUUAUAUUUACAGUUUGGAGGUACUGUAGAGCUACAACUACAGUACUGCAAAAAAAAUUCCCUAGUUUAAAAAAAAAUCGAUUUAAAUAAAAAAAAGAAAAUAUCUGAUUUUAAAUUAAGUAACUUUAUUUUUUUUUUAAAUUAAAAAUCUUAAACAUAGCCAACCUUGUUCAAUAUAAAGCCAUACAGAUAAAUGAAAUAGGGAAAUGCAUUAAGUUUUAAAAUAGUUUGUUUAAUAUUAUGGACACUUUUUUUUUUUUUUUUUAAUAAGCGGUUGCCUCUGACGAUGGUUCCAGUUGGAUUUGUAGCUGGACUGGAGUGUUUAUGCUUCAAACUGUGUAGCUAUGGAUUUUUAUUAUUUUUACUGUAAUUUGACUGCAAAGACAACAGGCUAGCCAAAGAUUGGAUAAUGUUUGUUAGGUUGUUUUUUUCUUGUGUACAGUAUCCUAGUAACUGAAGACCUUGUAUUCUGGGAGAUGUAGUUGUUAGUGGAAGUUUUAGGGGAGGCAGACAAGCUGUGCAGCAAAAUUGCUAUGCAUAUUUUUAGGCAUUAAAUUUUAAUUUGGUGCGUAUUUCAGAUUUUUAACAUGGAAAACAGCGGAUAUGCAGCUUAUCUGGACCGCUGCUAGCUACUGUAGAUACUUUUGCACAAUCAUGCAACUGCUUGUUUAGUCAGACUGUAUCUCUCCAUAACAGAAUGCAGUCGCAUGUUAUCACUUGCAUACGCCCUGGCAGGCUGUCCUGUUCUGACCCUGUAGGCAAGUGUAACUGCCUGAAUAUGAAGUAGAUGCGAUGUAGUAAGGUGCAGUGAUCUGGUCAGUCCCCAUCCUCACCACAUUUCAUUUAUAGAUUUCAUUUUGAAGCUUUCAGAUAACACAGGUCCCAAUCCUAUCCUGCAUUUAUGUGGUAAACAGAACAUGCUGAAUUACAGAACAGAAUCUGUGAACGCUCCCAACAUUAUUGACAAUGUCCUACUGCAGCUAAUUGGAAUGGAAUAAUGAUCAUGUCUCAGCCCAAUGUUAAAACUCAGUUCUAUCAAAAGACGCGUUGUUUAUGAAUCUUAAAAAUAAACAAAGCUGUAAUCGUAGUAAUUAAAAUACUACUAAAAUGAUGACUGUUGAUAGUCUUGAGCAGGGGUCUCCAACCCUGGUCCUGGAGAGCCCCUAUCCAGCAGGUUUUCUAGGUGUCUACAUCAUCAGUGACUAAAGAUCUGGAACACCUGUUAAUCUUGACUAAUUAAGCCAAUAAUUGAUUGAAUUAAGUAAAACGAAAACCAGCAGCCACAGUAGCUCUCCAGGACCAGGGUUGGAGACCCCUGGUCUUGAGUAUCUACUGCUUUGCCUUGGUUUAUUUCAGGGGAAUUCCUGUUAAAUCCUUAGAUAGCCAGUUCGAUGUAAGACAACAAUAUGUUUGCAUACAUUGCUUUUAAUUGGUAUUCUUAAAUAAAACAAAAAAACUGCAUAUUUUGCACAAUUCAAGUCCAUUUCUGUUAGCAGUCAGAUCAUCCAAACACUGAAUUCAACAUUUCUGUUACCCAGCGCCUCCAUAUUCACUGAAGCAGUCAGACUGGAAUUUCAGAUAUCCUGUAAGGGUCAUGCCUGCGAGCCAGUGUGCAUGUUGAUGGAGAGAACUCCUCUCGGCUGUGUCUUGCUUAGUGUUUGUUUCACAAAAGAGGAGGGGGUGGGAUUACAACUGGGAAAAUGAGUCAUUAGACUUGAUGUGCAGUAUAAAUUUGGCCACUUUCCUUCAUAUUAACAUACCAUAGGGGUUCUUAACAGUAAACAUGUUGUAAAGUAUAUUUCAACUCAAACAAUGCCUGCCAGCCGUAAGGACAUAGGCUCUGGACCAAGUCAGCUGCUCCAUGUCUCUGAGCUGCCCAGCUCUGUUCAGUGUAGAUGUAUUGCCAACAGUUUGCAAGAAAAUUACAUGUUUACUUGCACUUGAGAGAAUUAUUUUACUGAAAAGCGAAAGGAUGUGUGUACUGUAAUUGAAUGCUUUUUUUUUCUUCUUCUUUGUCCUGCUAUCUGUCUGGUGGGGGGGGGGGAUUCUAACCCUUUUCCUGUUUUCAGGUCAAAAGCAGCCAGAAGUCAACAUUUAUGUUGUAGGAAAUCCUGUUAAGUUUUUGUUUACUUCAACCCUUUCCUAAACAGGAAAGGGUUGAAGUAAUGGGGUUUGGGCAAUGAUGGCGAAAGCGGUUUGUGUUUAUUUAAAUGGCUGUUAAUUUUUCAUAUCAUGAAAGUGAACUCCUUCCUUACUUGUUUUUUUCGGUGGUGUUUUUGGAUGGGUAUUAAGCAAUCCUAGGCUUGUAUAGUAGGGAGCUGUAACAACAGGCAAACGCCCUAGACAUCAAGAGGCUGGUUUGGCGGAGUCUCUUCAUAGGAUUGUCAUUGCAGAAAGGAGGUCAGUAAGCCAAGAUUUCAUGAAUAUGCACAGCUGGUACAAGGCCUGCCUAAGGAAGAGACUAGAGGUCCUUUUUUGAAGAGUGUGCCAGAUGGCAAGACGGGCACUUGUGUAUCUGUAAAUGUUCUUGUAUUUUAAUAACUGGUUUCUACAGCAUGACCCUGGGUUUGGGAGGCUUUCUCUUUUACUGCAGAUUUCAAAGUGGGGACCCCCCCCCCCCCCCUAUAAAUAAGACUCAGCAGGUGGAACAACUUUAUUAACCUUUGUUUUUUUUUUUAAGCCUAUGAUAUGCCUAAAGAUACAUUUAUACAUUUAUUUGGCUUCUUAAAAAAAAAAAAAAAAAAAAAAAAAAAAACGAAACAUUUCAAAUGUUUGACUGUGUGCUAAUUUUUCAGUUGAGGCAAUUUAUUUAUUUUUUUAAAAUAAAAAUUAUAUUUAAAUAAGGUAUGCUUUUUGAUGUGGUCAUCUGUUUUUGUGCGUAUUGAGACAGCAUGGCCUGCCCAUUUACAAAGGGGCUAUUUCAGACAUGUAGUUUGUUUUCAUUUAUUUAUUUAAUUUUGACACCAAGAUCAAUCUCUGAGCCAAAGCAGCAAUGUAAAACAUAUGGGGGGAGAGAGCCUUUUUAGGAAGUCAUGCAGAGUUGUGUGUGUUUUUUUUUUAUUUAUUUAUUUUUUUAAGUUUUUACUUUUACCCCCAAAUUCCCGGUGACCUAUUUUUUUUUUAUAUAUUUCAAAAAUAUAUAAAUCAAGUUAAAACCUCAAGGUGUAUAAUGUAAAUACAUACAUAUAUCUUCUCAGUCUAUGCAGUAUGUUUGUUUAUAAAGAUCAGAUUAUAACUUGGUAGAUUCUACCUAUGACUUGCUCUUCUCUUCUUGAUCUUGCUAGGUAGCUGCAGAUUGCCUAUUUUAUGGGGCAAGGGGUGUAACGUGAAGUCCAAUAUAGCCAUCAUAAGUUAAUACUGACACUUCAGAAUUGUCAGUUCUCGGUCCUGAAUAUCUGUGCACUCUUUAUUUAUACAGUCUGACUUCAGGCAUAUCAUAGAGCGAUGCUAACACAACAGUAUAAACUAACCAAGGUCGUUCGGCUAUUCAAGAGCCGAAUGAUGGCACAUUUUGUAGCCUUUUUCUUCCUAGAGAAUUUGAUUUCUUGGAAAUCAACUUGUGAACCAACAUUCCAUUGUUUUUAUAUUUGUAUCCAAGUAGCGUUGCAGAGUUGUUCCAGCAUCCUGAGCUUAAAUACCGACUGCCAUUGUGAUUUAAUAAUAAUAAUAAUAAUAAUAAUAAUAAUAGUGUGUGUGUGUGUCUGGGGAUGGAGGGUGGGAUUGUAUAUUUCAUUUUUUAAUUUUUUUUUUAUAACUGUAAAUGGGGUUGCAUGACAAAUCAGAAAAAAAUUGCUACAGACCUGAAACAAACAAAAGGUGCUUUUGGAUAAAAACCUGAACUGAAACUGCAAAUGAAUUGUGCAGUUCUUGCUGUUUUGCUUUUUAAUACUGCAUCACAAAAUGAAGCUUUCUGUAAUAUCCGUAUUAUCCACAACGACUCUGGUUUAAGGGGCGGGGGCUGAUUGGAUCCAAAUUUUGACUGGCAGGGAAGGGCUGGCACUCCGUUCAUGGUGAUUCCCUUUGGUUCCGAGGGCUACUAAAACAUACCCCUCCUGACACUACUGCUGCCCCAUGAGGCUGCAUAGUUUGGUAUGGACGUGUCCAGCUCAUUUUAAUUUAUUGCAGCUUUUGAAUAAUAAAAUAAUCAGCAGACAUUCGUAACACAUGGAAGGUCUAUGAUGCAGUUGAUGCAGUACUGUUAAAAUAAUAUGUUUGAAAUACACAGUUCUGUUCUAAUCCCCCUUAAAUCAGAGAUGUUAAACUGAACAAAUGCAACAAGCAGAAAGAAUGUACUUUGCAAAGCCAGCAUUUUAAUAUGUUUUUAAUGUAUAUAACUGACAAGUCCACAAAUAAUCACAAAAUACACUGGCACCAAAAUGGCACAAAUAAAUAACUUUCAUGUCAUUUUGUAAUGUAUGUAUGUGUGUGUAUGCAUGCUAUUUUUUAUGUGUUUGUUUACUUCAGUGGGUCAAAAAACCCUUUUUUUUUUUUUUUUUUUUAAAUGAUGGCAUAAGAAACUUUUGUUACCUACAUAGUGUAUUGUUUAUGUUUUUCACAUAAGAGAUUAACAUUUUAAAAGCAACUGUGUAUGUUUUUCUUUUCUCAAUGUCACUGGACAUGUCCAGAAGUCUCCAAGCGGUUAAUGCCUUUAUCCCAUGGAUAAAAAGAUUUUGUAACUUACCAGCCUUUAAAAAAAAUAAUAAUAAUAAUUAAUAAUAAAUAAGCAAAAUAAAAAAUAAUAAUAAAAUACAAACAAACCCACGACAGGCAUAUGUACCACAAGGUGAAUGUGUGAAACAUUCUUGUAUGUCAUGUAUUCCUCUCGUCUACCUAAUCUGUAUUUAAGCUAUAUUUAACUUUAAAAUACAUGUUCUAAACAUACAUAUAUUUAUGUGUCCUCUGCAGAGUUGUAUAAACUGUUUUUCUCUUCUGGAACUGACGACAGUAAUGCAUCCACUGAGAGUCAUAGGCAUGCUGUGCAGAGAACAGGCAACAGUUCACUUCUCCUGUCUGAUAAGUGGUGGAAAAGUUUACCCAGUUGCUUAGGUCUUUUGUGAUUUGUGUUUUUGUGAACCAAGUAUACUGUACUUUAUUGUAAGGUAACAAAACAAUAUAUAUUUGAAGUGUUUAUUCUUGUAGUAUGCACUGCCUCGUUGGGGUCUGAUUUGGGGUCCCGUUUUUAAUCCGUUUCAUCUCCACUGAAGUCUUUCUUUUUCAAUAUUAGCAAUAUCUGAACUUUCUGUGGAACAGAAGAGGUUUAGUUGCAUAGCAGGCAUAGAUACAAAAUAAUAAUAAUCAAGACUGCAUGCUAAUGUUAAACUGUUUUUGGGUAAAUAUCGAGUUCCUUUCAAGUGGGAGGAGAAAAAUCUAAGGGGUCAUUUUCAACAGUCUGAAAUGUCUUUUACUGUGUUUUAUAAAUGUGGUUGGUGGUCACUUGGUUUUUGUAGCUUCCAGCAGCACCCCCCUGCAUUGAUGAUUAACAGUGCUACUCAAUCUGCACUCUGAACGGGUUAUUUUAUAAAGCUUCAUAAGUUCUACUGAUUCUACAUUUCCUGUAGAAUCCAGUUACCCCUGGCAGAUGGUAGAUAUUCUGUGUAUAUUACUAUACUUCAUCCUCAGUAACCAGAGAUCUGCUUGCUCCCCAAAAACAAUUCUAUAUAUAUAUAUAUAUAUAUAUAUAUAUAUAUAUAUAUCUAGAUCUAUAUAUAAUUUGUUUUUCUUUGUCCUACAAACUGGAUCUACCUCAGAAUUAAAUGUUGGGUGCUAAAAAUUAUAAUCCGUAAUUUAAGAAAUAAAUACAUAACAAUUAAAAAUGAAAUGGUGACCAAACAAGCAGCCCGUACACAGAGUGAAAGGAUGUAGUGCUUUUAUAUUUCUUUCUGUCUGUACAUUUUAAAUGAUGGUCUCUCUUAAGGGAUGUUUUCUUAAACGUAUGCGCCUCAUGAGAGUUCAGGGGACCAAUAUUUUCACUGGGAAUACAUUGAGGGGUUUGUUUCAUCUAUUGCUAAGAAAGAAGUUGUUUCUCUUUGAAAAUGUAGUAUAUGGUAAAUUGGGGUGUGGGUAUUGGUAGACUAACACUAGUUCAAAUUGGGCCCCUCCACCAUAGACCUGUGCUUAGGGUUAUAUGUCAGAGUAAUGUCUGUGUAGUGUUUUGCGUACUGAUUUUUGUAAAAGGGAAUCUAUAUAUUACAUUUUUUAAUACACACAGUGUACUAAUAGUAUAUUGAUAAUAUAAUAAAAUUGCAUUUUAAAAGCAUAACCAUAUUGAAAUUGGAGGUACAAAAAGCCUGUUUGUAGGGGAAUGAUUUCUUGUAUUUCUUUUUUGUGAGGACACUGAAUAGAAAAUGUAGUUUAUGUUCAUCACAUAGUCUUGGCUGAAAACAUCCCUUACGUUUUAUUUGUGCCUUUUUGUACAAGCUUUUUUCUGUCGUUUUAGCUGUAAUGAGUGUGUGGACCUUUUGCUUGCUGCUGUUGCAAAAAGUCUCUCUCUCUCGGUAAAUUAUCAUGCAUCCUUGAAUAUGCUGCAUAAAUGAUCAGUAUUUGUGUUUUGCACUUUCUAAGCAGUUAAUUGCCUAAUCAGCUGGGCAAAUAAAAAAAAUAAAACAAGAUGUGUGCUAAAUAAAGUAAAUACAAAAAUAAUAAUGAACUUGGAGAAUUUUGUAAAAUAUAUACAAAAGUACCUCAUGAGCCUGAUAUAUGCUGCAUUGAUUUUCUUUGUAUUUAGUUUUAUUUGCUGAUUUAGUUUUGUGCACUCUUCUGUACCCCAUAUCCAAUAUAUUUAAAAAGAAGGAUUUUUUUAUUUUAUUUUGUUAUGUGAGGGUUGACAUUCACAAGAUCCUGUGCAUGGAGCCUUUUUCAAAAAAGUGAGGUAGAAGCGAUGUUGGUUGUAGUCUACUGCACUACAGAGUUGUAUCCGUUUUGAGGUUCAUUGUGUCUUGAGAUGUAAAAACUCUGAAGCCAAUGGCACGGUGGACUGAGGAGUUGCAUUAGCAGUGAUGAACACAGAGUAUGAGAUCUGGAUGGGUUAAAAGAUGCAUGAUAUAAGCAGAGUGACCGUUGGUUCUAUUAAGGCAUACUGCACACUUCUCUGAAAGUUGACCUGCACAUCAUUGAUUUUGCUUCCAUUGAUAUAUAUUUUGUUGUCCAUAUUUUAUUUACCACAUGCCAAAAUGAAUAGCGAACAUUCCCGUUGCGGUGAAGUUUUUAUGUUCCUUUUCUUUUCUUAAUUUUCACUGCUGAGCUCAUUGUUGUAAAUAGUGUAUGUGACUGAGCAUAGAUUUACUUUCCUUUUGUUAAAUACAAUUAAAAAAACAACUCCAACAUGCUGUAAGCCCUGGUAGAACAUGAUGUGAAUAUGUAUCACUUUAUGAGUUUUAAUAUAGUUCACUUUUUCCGCCUGACCUGUAUAUUACAUUCUUAAUAAAAUUAAAAUAAACUUUU